GAAGAAGAACCACCUUCUCAUUUUUGUUUUCGCCGUUCUUAUCCGUGUAAUGUCGCAAAAACCUGUCUUCGCAGUUGUUUGAUUCAAUUGUCGUUUGGCAGCCAAUUCACUACACACUACACUCCUAAUCCACCUCUCCUGUCGGUACGCUUGGUGUCCUUCACCGCCCUCUCCUGCGUUCGUGCAGCCCUGAAUAGGCGAGUUCGCUGUAUUGCUAAAAAUAUUAUUGAUUGCACACUCAUGCCACUGUUCCACCGAGGCCACCACCACCACCAAAGGAGUUCCAACCGUCGCCAUUCCUUCAUCCCGCGACUCACGGCAUCGCAGUACGCGCAUCUUCCCAAAGCCCUGCCCUGCACGAACUACUACGGCAUUUACCCCGAAGAUGCAGGCCCGACGGGCACCGUCGUCAUCAAGUGCAGAGAGGAAGCGCAGAUGUGGGCGCUGGUGGCAACGCCGGUGUCAGAGGAGGAGGAGGCCGUGCAGCUGGACGGAGGCUGCAUGGCGUACGUCACCGGCGACCCAAAGCACCCGGUGCAGUACUUCCACUUCCGCAACUCCGACGAUGACGUCUUUGGCCGAUCGACGUACCAGCAGCGUCCGUCGUGUGGGUCUGUCGUGUCCGCGCCGCCAGGGUAA